AUGACUGGAAACGAUAACCUGUACAUUCCCAAGUUUAUUCUGAAUGUUCCAUGGUAUUAUCGUGAAUUGCAGGACACUAGCAACGAUGCGUUCAGGCAUCAACGAAGGGACCCCACAGACUCAUCCAUAGAGCAGGGAGGUCCUCUGGCUGGCACAGGUAUCAAUGAUACUUUCAAAGUGGUAGAUGGCGUUAAGCUCAAGGAGGAUGAAGGUGAUUUUGCUGCUAAGAGGGACCGCUGGCACGGUUACGAUGCGGCCGAGUGGGAUGAGAUCUUCUCCAAAUGGGACUCCAUCAAGAAGUCCAAGAAACCCCAGACAAAUGCCCCAGAUGAUAGUGACGAUACUGACUAUGAGCUAGAAUUACAAGAGCUUGGUAUUGAUAGGAAAGAAUUCACUAAAGGCUUCGUUGAAGACCCAGUGGAACGAUCUAUCAGGGAACGCAAGUACACUCCAGCUUAUAUAUUGGCGAUUAAUGCCAACGAGGGUGGAAAGAUCAGAAUUGGGAAAGACUCUACCCGUGGAAUUGCAAACGAUGAUUCGGACUUUGUGAGACAGAUAAGUAAGGAUGAACGAGACUUAAAUCAGAUGCAACAAUUCGCCUGGGAACAAAACAAGCAGUAUGAACUGCAGAAACUGAGAGAACUCUACCAAAAACAACUUGCAGAUCUAAGUAAUCCCAGUGCAGAGGCCGUGGAUACUACAGUACCAGUCGAGCUAGGGUUCAGUGUCGAAGCGAGCCCGACACUAAUGAUGAUGAAAAAGAAGGAGGAAGAUAAAAAGAAGAAAGAGGCGGGAGAGAAGCGCAAACGCAGUCUACUAGAUAGAUAUGGUUCCGAAUGA